AUGCGAGACAGAGAUGUCCGCGACCGAGACCCACGGGACAUUCGCGAUCGCAGAGAGCCAUACCCACCGAGACGACUCGACGACAGGCGGCCCGAGCGCCCAGAUUCACGCACCGAUAUACGUCCUGCUCGACCGGAAAGGAGGACACCCCCUCCUCAGAUACCAAAGACGAAGACUAUCAUCAAGAAGCGGAUGAAACCACGGCCAACACUCGACCCAGAACAUGCCAACUCGGACUCUGUGUACUACAGGAAGCCGGGGAAUGAGUCGGUUGUUGGAUCUGGUACUUAUGGAAAGGUGUUCAAGGGGAUACAUGUAUAUACGAAAGACCUGGUUGCGCUCAAGAAGAUCAGGAUGGAGGGUGAACGCGAUGGCUUUCCCGUCACCGCCAUUCGCGAGGUCAAGCUUUUGCAAUCUCUCAACCAUCCGAAUAUCGUCAAUCUCCGCGAGGUUAUGGUCGAGAAGAAUGAUUGCUACAUGGUUUUUGAGUACUUGUCGCACGAUCUCACGGGACUCUUGAAUCACCCGACUUUCAAGCUCGAGCAAGCACACAAGAAGGACCUGGCGAAGCAACUCUUUGAGGGUCUGGACUACCUCCACCGUCGUGGUGUUUUGCAUCGAGAUAUCAAAGCUGCGAACAUCCUAGUGUCGAACACGGGACAAUUGAAGUUGGCGGAUUUCGGUCUUGCACGAUUUUACGCAAAGAGCAGCAAACUGGAUUAUACCAAUCGUGUCAUCACUAUCUGGUACCGAUCACCUGAGCUUCUGCUGGGUGAAACACAGUAUGGUCCUGCGGUCGACAUUUGGUCGGCAGCUUGUGUGUUGGUGGAGAUUUUCACACGUCAUGCCAUAUUCCCUGGCAGCGGUGGAGAGAUCAGCCAGUUGGACAAGAUUUACAACGUUUUGGGUACACCGACCGUCCAAGACUGGCCAGGCAUCGUUGAUAUGCAGUGGUCUGAACUGCUACGGCCUACGGAGCGAAAGCAGUCUACAUUUGAGGAAAAGUACAAGGACCGGGUCAGUCCAAUGGCCUUUGAGCUUCUUCAAGCCAUGUUUCUCUUCGAUCCAAAUGCGCGACCCACCGCGGCUGAUGUGCUUGAACACCCAUUCUUCACCAGCGAGGCACCGCCACCAAAGCGUGCUGACGCACUGAAGGAAUUGGAGGGCGACUGGCAUGAAUUUGAAAGCAAGGCACUGCGAAAAGAAAAGGACAAGCAAGAGCAUGAAGCGCGGCGUGUUGCGCGAGAGGAGAAGGAUUUGGCAAGGAAAGAUGAGGGGAAACGACGCGCAGAGGCGGCUGCUGGAGAAGAGAGGGAUGCGAAGCGUGCAAAAAGCGGCGAUGUCACGGCGUAAUGCUAUUAAUAUCCGCAUAAUGUCAUUAAAGAGCGUGGACGAAGUUGGUGGCGUAAUCAAAAUGUCAGGUGCUUGUAAGUUCGGACCGUUUGGUAUCUAGGCUUAGACUUUGAUAUCUGCACUCUUGAAUGUAUUUGUACUGUUGCAA